UUUUGACGUAGCGGCAUCCAAUAUGGCGCGACACGCGUUUGCAUUCCAUCUGCGAUCGGAGUAUAAUAAUGUGGUUAAAGUUUUAUUAUCGGUUUUAAUAUUUCAACGAGUGCACAGGUUAUUUUGUAUUCUCGGAUGAACGGUAAUAUUUUUUUAGUUAGGAAAAAGUCGUCUUUUGAUAUCGAUAUCGUUUUUUAAUAGUUAAUACGAGUGACACUACGUCAACUUUAACCUCUCUUUACACGAGUUCCAGUUGACACUUUAGUACACGUUUAUAAAAGCGAUAUAAGUUAUAUAUUUAAUAAUUAUGCGAAUACUCGGCUAUUGCGUGACAGAAAAGAGGUAUAUUUAAUCUAAUUUUAUAAUCGAGGAAGUAUUGUUUGAUAUCGGUCUUAUUUUUAAAUAUUCGCAUUAACUCUAAUUUAAUUAAACGUAAUCUCACGUUUUGAAAUGACUUUUGUCUCAUUCAUAAAAGCAAGUAAACGCGAUAAAUGAGUGCUCCUGAAGAAUCAUUGAACGAUCAGGAUCCUGAUUAUGUUUCCACAAUUUCCAACGAUCAAGUUCAACAGAAAAUUUACGAGGAAAAUGCAAGAAACACCACUGCAAGAAAAAUAACUGCGAUAGUGGAGAAGGAAUUUGGAAAGGAAAUCGAGUUGAAGGAAAAGGAAAUUCUACAGAUACAAGAAAGAUUGCAUAAAGCCUUGAAGACUUUUCACCUCUUGCGCUAUCUCAUAAUUACUAAGUUUUACGAUCGCAAACAGUGUCAAAUUCCUCAAGUCGCAGAGACAUCGAAACAAACGAGAAUUCAUCCUGCGAUUAAAUCAUUACUCGGAAAAUAUCCUAAAUCCGUUCAUUGUGCAAAUCUUGCAGUGGCAUCAACAUCUACAGAUCCUGGAUUGUCAUGCAAUGACGAAUCUCUUGCACCAACUGCAGCCAGUAGCACACUUAAAACUGAAGAAAACACGGACAAACAUGUGUUGCAAGGUGAAAAGAGAAAACUGCCAGACGAAGAAUGUCGACCUCGUAAAGUGCCUCGCUACAUACCACCAAAGAGUAAUGUGUCAACCAAGGCAGGUCCCUCACGCGGCAAUAGCCGCAAAGUCUGUAAGCGUUUUGUUAUUGGUAACAUAUCCAAGUGGAUCGCACCGGAUUGGCGAGAAGACGCGUCUAGUCAUAAGUGGACGAUAUACGUGCGCACUGACGAAGGCGAAAUUAAUAACAUUAGUACUUUCGUCAGUAAGGUGAGGUUCUUCCUGCAUCCUAGUUACCGUCCAAAUGACGUCAUCGAGGUCACGUCGUAUCCGUUUCAUCUGUCCAGACGUGGAUGGGGCGAGUUUCCUGUUAGAGUACAGUUACAUUUUAAAAAUGUUCUUGAUAAACCUGUAGACAUUAUUCACCAUUUGAAAUUGGAUCACACUUACACAGGAUUGCAAACACUAGGCUCAGAAACUCUGGUCAACAUAUGGAUUCAUACAGAGUCAUCUAAUUUUGAACAGAAUGAUAGUAAUGAAUCUAUUCAAUCUUCCUUUAAUAACGCAUCCAUAAAAAUAGAACCGAGCAAUGAUAAUAGUUUCGAGUUUACUCGUAAACAAUCUACAGUAAAAUCUAUGGAAACUACGGAUGAACAGAUGAACACUUUCGAAGAAAUUCGAGUGAAAGAAGAAACAAUUAAUUCGGAAACACACGAACAAUCUAAUCUAUCAUCGGAUUUAAUAUCACCCGAGAAAUUGAGAAACGUCGGAGUAAAAGUUGAAUUCAAUAAUACAACCAUGAACACAUGCAACAACAGGAAUAAAUCUGAUCUAGAUGAAACAAAUUACAUUAAGCAUGAUCAUAAUUAUGUGAGUAGACAGUAUUUCGAUUCUGAUUGUUAUAUCGAAAGAAAAGGAAACACAACUAUAGAACAUUUUCUGGAAAGUGACUGCGCUUUCGCGACCAAUUCAUCAGCAGUUGGCGAUAAAGAAGAGGAACUUGACAAUGUACAAAUUACAUCUAGAUUUAAUAGUGACAUUCAGUCUUCCAGUAGUUCUCAGUCUUUGGUGAUCUCAACCGUACCUGAAAAUAAUUUGCAAGUCAACGCAGCAUUUCAAGAAAGAAAUAGUCAAAAGAAUUUAUCGUCGCUCGAUUCGAAUACGUCUAAAAUUGAGGAAAAUAUCACAACUAAAGACACAUCAUUGACUAACGACUUUCGCAAACCGUCUGAUGUCUCGCUCGAGCGAUUUAACAACUUGCAGAAAUCUGCGAAUUUGUCGAAUACUGCAAAUUCGCAUUUAAAGCCUCUGGAAAUCUCCAUACCACCACCGAAUAUAUUUACAGCGCCAACCAAAAAACGUAUGCUUCUUUUGGAUGCAAAAUCGAUUGCGAUGGGCAUGACAAAUAUUCUCUCGUCGAAAUCAAACGAGAACUCGAGGAAGCUCGUCGAUGGCAACGUGAAACUUUCCAUCGCAAGAGACGGUAACAUUGCGAAAUUGAACGUCCGCAUUCCUCAGACUGUAAGCAUUCUGAAGAAGCCAUCCGACAUGAAGACGAACCCACGACAAAAUGGCAGCGACAAGAAGCCUGCAGUACUUGUGCUGAAAAACACUAACAAUUUCCUGCUGAAUGUGAACGAAAAUGUGCCAAUCUUGAAGAUAGCAGAUUCACGCAAUCCAUAUAAUUACAAUCUUGCUGAGGCAACGAAAGGAAACGUUUCUUCAACCAUCAAGCAGGAAUUGAUGCCAAAAGCAGAGGACAAGCGAGUAAAGAUCACGUUGGGCAAGGACAAAUACAAGAUACAAAGCAAGCAGAAACUGUACGAGGCAACUCUGUACUCGAUCGACGAUGUGAAUAUCGUCGACCCAGAAGCGUUGAUACGAUUUAUCAUACGACGAUUGCCGAUAAUCACUCAGGACGCUCGUGAUCCCGAGUACAAGUCAAUACAUCCUUACGCAUGUUACAGCGAGGAGGAAUAUUUCGCUCACAACAUCGGCAAACAACGUGCGCUGGAGUGGUAUCGCGCCAAGACGAUCAGAAGAUGUUUUCUACGAAAAGCAGAGAAGCUGAUACCGUCCGAUCAACUAUGGAGCGUCAAGGAGAUCAUGCUAUGGGCGAGAUUGCACGGCUACACACCUAGUCGAAAAGCCUCCGGCAUAUUGGAAACGAUCACGAAGAAGCUACCCGAUACUACGACAUCCACUGCAAUCCCGAUCACGUGUACGGAAUCAGUCGCGUUGCAAAAGUGGUUGCAAACCUGCCAGGAAGAGUCUAGUUAUCGGCUAGAUGCUUGCGUCGAGGACGAAGAGAUCGACGUCGAAAGGAUCGAGCAGAGUUCGUGUGAGACGAUCACGAUUGACCGGAGAAAAAACGACGAUAAUCGAACUAGCGAUUCUUCAGCCGAUUCUAAAUUGAUACCGCUUGAACUUGAUCAAAACUUGUUGCCAUUCCACAAUUUUGUAUGCGAGACCGCGCGAGAUAUCGGCAUCAAGAUUCAAUCGGAAGAGAUUGUUCCUGGUGUUUUGUACAGUGCAGCUAGUCGCGUAAUGAUGCGGGUUGUCGAAUGUUUCGUGGAGGAUCUAACUCGAAUGUCAUUGGCGAAAGCUUGGGAAAGAAAUAGCGAAAAUGAAUGCCCCAAAGUAAUUACAGUGAACGACGUUCGUAAUGCUCUCACGAGUCGAGAGGAAUUCGACAUUUUCACGAACGAAGGUCUGGGUUCAAUACAACAAUCGUCGAGUACAAGGAAAUCGUCUAGUUUGUGACGACACAUGUGUGAAUGAGCAAGCAAUCUCCUAAUUACAGAUCGGACUAUGGAAUAUAAUUUGGUGCAGUGCUAUUUAACUACAUCUACAAGAAGGGUGCGUUAAAAGAAAUUAAGUGCGCACAAACUUACAUGAAGAAACAGUUCGAGAUAUUUCACUCGUCUCAGUCCCAACCAACUGGAAUCUUAUGACGCUCGACUUCGCGUUGUAACCAUUCACGAACUGGCUCAUAAUAAGCUAAGAGUGGCUCCACACGAUAUUCGGAAUAUCCCGUUAUCACACGUAGUGCGUGUCUCCAGUCUGCGCUGCUUCCAAGUUUCAUCGUCGACCUGGAAGCGAAGUAAGCUAAAAACUGUUUUCAUACGUUCAUUUUUAACUAUUUUUGUUUUUCUGAAAAAAAGCGAAAUUAAAUUUAUCAUUUUAUG